AGACGAAGAAGUCGGCUCGGUCAUGUGAUCGGCUGUGUCCAAUCACAGCUGAUCGCAUGGGACAUCUACACUGAUCAUCAGAGCACUGAUGAUCAGUGUGCCCUGAUGAUCAGUGUGGCCCCAGAAGUGCCACCUGUCAGUGUUCAUCAUUGCCAGCUGUCAGUGCCCAUCAGUGCCACAUCAAUGCCACAUAUCAGUGCCUACCAGUGCACAUCAAUGCCACAUAUCAGUGCCCAUCUGAGCUGCCUUGCAGUGUCACCCAUCAGUGCCAGUCAGUGCCACCUAUCAGUGCUGCCAAUCAGUGCCACCUAUCAGUGCCAGUCAGGGCCGCCUAUCAGUGUGCAUCAG